AUGACCCAACCAGUUCUCAAAGAAGAUAGGUGUCUUGUCUAUGCUGUUACAACAGAGGGAAAAUUGACACACACUAAUAAAAUAGAUGGCCACUUCAUUUGGGAUGUUGAUUCAACAAGAUGUAACCCAGAUUGUGAUUGCUGGAUGCACGCCAAUGAUAUUGACCGAGAUAUCAUUCUUCCCAAAACAAAUAAAAAGGGAAGGUGUAACCCUAUCCACCUCCUCAAAGGAGAUCUGAUCCAGACUAUGGGCAUGGGUAGGAAUCCAUGGUAA